AUACAUUUGAAUAAUAAAUGGAUAAUGAAAUCCAAAUCUAAUAUAAAGUUAAACGAAUUAAAGAAAGAUAUGUUCAUGAGGCAAUGCUUUUAGUUGAGUAAUGGAGGUAUAGUAUAUAUCUAAAUGAUAGAAGUUUAUAUUAAUAAACUUAUAUCGAGAAUGGCAGAUCAUUAAAACUUACAUUAGAUAAAGCGGCUGAGAUUGUUGGUGUCCCUAGAAAAACUUUGGAGGAUUACUAUUAUUAAUUGAAGAAAGCAGAAACUUUAGGUAUGACUAUAUCAUAUAGUUAGUUGAUCUUUAAAAUUUUAAGAAUUGCAAAAUAGGUGUUAUUCGAAGAAUUGUUAAAGAGAGCAAAAAGUAACAUGAAACAGCUGCAUAAUUAAUUGAUACUAAUGAUUUUUUUUUAUAAGAAAAUGAAACUAAUGACUAAAGAAAAAACAGUUUUGAAUAUGAUGAUUGAUUUUACUAAAAAUAGUGUUUACUGGAGUCACAAUGAUUAUAAAUGUCGUAAAUAUUCUAUCACUUACC